GCACAAUUUUAUCUCUUCUCUCUUUGCUUUCCUUAAUUCUUGGCAGUGUUCCCUCCAUCCUCGUCUCUUCCACCUCUGUAACUAAUCCAGUGCCUGUUGUCAACUGCUUCCUGCAAACUCAAAGUGUCUGAGCAUAUUGCAUAGUUGCAUAGACAUAGCUGCUGAUUUUGUCACAUUUUUCAAUUGAUAUUUGCCAUUGAAAAAAAGAAGAAGAAGCAACUAUUGCUUUUGCAUAAUUACCAGAAUUCCAAAUCAAAUUUUGUUGCUUUAGGCCUACCCAUCAUCACUGGAACCUAAUAAUGUCACUUGUAGUCCACUCAUCCUAUAUUGCCCCUUUGCGUUUUUCACCAUGGAAGAUUUACAAUUCAAAUUCCCAGCAAAAAUUUUCCUGUAAUUCCUUUACCCCUUUACAACAUAGAACGGUUUCAAGUUGUAAAAUUAGGCAUAUAUCCGCCCACUUUAGAAAUGAACCAAAUGAUCUUCAUAAGUAUGUAGCUAGAUGCAAGGGACAUGAUUAUGAGUCAUAUACUGAACAAAGUACGAUGUCCUUGGAUUGGGAUGUUGAAGAAGAAUUUGAAGAUACAGAGUCGCCAUGGGAAGGUGCUGUUAUAUACAAGAGAAACGCAUCAGUUUCACAUUUGGAGUAUUGCACUACCUUGGAGAGAUUAGCUCUGGGAAAGCUUUCCACUGAUGUCUCAAAAACUAGGGCUUCUGUUAUGGGAUUGCGUGUUACGAAAGCCGUGAAGGACUACCCCAAUGGAACUCCUGUUCAGAUCUCUAUAGAUGUGACCAGGAAGAAGAAAAAAUUGAGGCUUGAUGGUAUCAUAAAAACUGUCAUCACUCUUCUUUGCAAUAGGUGUUGCAUGCCGUCUGCCGAGUGCAUAUUCUCUGAGUUCUCUCUUUUACUUACUGAAGAACCCAUUGAUGAACCAGAGACUAUUGAUUUGGGAGUUAUUUUUGGGGAAGACAAAUUUACAACCUCUGGAAACAGUGGUGAGAAUGAUAAUGAAGAUGCACUAAUUGAUUUGGAUGAUCAGCUAUAUUUUCCUCCUGAAGAGAAACAAAUUGACAUUUCAAAGAACAUAAGAGACAGGGUGCAUCUUGAGAUUACCAUGAAUUCAGUAUGUGAUCCUGAGUGCAAAGGCAUGUGCCUGAAAUGUGGUCAAAACUUCAACACUGGCAAUUGCAAUUGUAGCAAAGAGGAAGUAAAAGAAAAAAGCUUUAGCCCGUUUGGAAAUUUAAAAGAGCAGAUACAGUUGUAACAUUUACGAGGCUCCAUGUGAUGUGAUGCGGAAUGGUAAAACAUAUUUUUUAAUUAUUGUUUUAUGUAGGAUUACUGUUAUUCUUGGAAAUUUUAGAACUUCCUCUUAUUUAACAUAGACACCUCAUAAUCAGGAAAAAACUUAUAUUUGACUUUUUAGAAAAUUGUUGU